AUGGAGUUAUUAGGCAUUUAUCCGACGCUAGUUCUUGAAGAUUCACCCGGACGAGAGCCGGUGCGAGUACCAGUCGCGCCGGGAGAAGAAUGGGGACCCGGCGGCGGCGGCGGCGGCGGCGGCGGCAACCUCACCGUGUGGAAGAAAUCGAGCAUGAGCUUCCAAGGGACCGACGGGUUCACGGUCUUCGAUGACCGCGGGAGGCUGGUCUUCCGGGUCGAUAACUACUCGAGGAGAGGUCAGUGCGCGUCCGGAGGCGGCGGGCUCGUGCUGAUGGAUGGAGUUGGGAAUGCCCUUCUAACUUUGAGACCUAAGGUUCUGAGCAUGCAAUGCCAGUGGCGCGCCUACAAGGGAGAGAACGACUAUGGAAAGAAAACUCCCAAUUUGAGAGUAUUUUCCAUGAGGAGGAGCUCACUGCUCUUUCACAACAACAGCAAAAGUGAAGCCGAGGUGUUCUUGGGCGGGCGUGUGAAGCACGGUCAAGCGCCAGAUUUCACGGUCGAAGGCUCAUUCACGAGGCGAAACUGCAUCAUCAGGAGCUCCACGGGGGAGAUCGCGGCGAAGAUCUCGAGGAAGAGAGCAACCACGACGGUCUUGCUCGGGGACGACGUGUUCUGCUUGGCAGUGCAACCUGGGUUCGACCCGGAGCUCGCCAUGGCUUUUGUCGUGAUCUUGGAUCGGAUCUGUAAGAAAACCUACAAACCGGUUUUGUGUUCUUAGAUGACGACGGUGAAUGAACAUCCGGAGGGCAAAGAGAGAGGCGCACAUAGUACAGUCAGCCACAUUCAUAGAGUUCCAAUCGUUCAAUCUUAUUUUGUUCGCAGAAGCCUUGUAAAUUGUACAUUCCUGACGAGGUUUGAAACUUAAACUGCCACGGCUUAAACAUAAGGAGCAACCUAAUUCACUUCCCAUCCAUCAUAUGAAAUCAGCAUUUCUAUCUCAA